AUGGGUAGUAUGGCGAAUAUUUCAUCCAAAUAUACCUUAUUCGUAACUGGAAACCCUGGGUCCGGGAAGAGCUUCAUUGCCAACCAUCUUGGCGCACACUUCCCUUCAGGCUUCUCAGACCAUGGCGGGGGCUACACUACUGAAUUACAUACAGAAAACGUUCCAAUCGAUGAAGACGAAGUACUUAUGGUCGAUGCACCAGGCUUGAUUGAAGCAAACUAUAAAACAACUGUAAAGAAUGCGACGUUGAUCACACGUGCGCUCAACAAGGGCCAGUCUGAGGAGUAUGGCCAGCAGAUCCCCUACAAGAUCGGUAUCGUCAUCACAGACACAAAUGGACGCAUCCAGCCGGCAGACAUGCUCUUAGUCAGGAAGUUGUAUGAAGCACUGACUCCUAAGCCUGAAUUUAUGUUGAUCAUCAACCAAGUCAGAAAGAGUAACCUUCAUAAAGUGAUGUCGGAAGAGUACCAGCGCAACCUAAUUACGACGAUCAGAGAAAAGACAGGUGCCACUAUUCGUUCGGAGCAUAUUGUAACAAUUGCCGAUCUCCCUGAUGACGAACAGGUUGACCUCAAACAGUUGAAAGAGGUCCUGAGUAAAAUUGAUGCAAUUUCUGUGAAAGUAAGCCCAAUUACGAUCACUAAAGAUGAAUUUGAUACCAUCCUGAACAUGGACCAGCCCCAUGGAUUCACAGCCACCAAUAACAUUCCUCAACAAGCGCUUCGGCUCCCCAAAGUAUCUCGAUUUUUACAACCUAUAAAACCUAUAAAGAAACUUUUGCAGCUCGAAAAACCUAAACAGGCAAGCUUCGAUCUACGUUUGCAUUGA